AUGCCAGCACCGACGCCAGCACGAAGGCUGGCGCCUCAUUACGCGGGCUCCAUCUCCAACGCCUACACCGACACAGAAGCCAACACCGACGCCAGCACCAACGCCAGCGCAUACGACAACUCCGAUACUAGCACCGACGCCAGCAUCCGCGCCUGGGCCUGCGCCUUCACCCUCGCCGAUGUCAGCACCGACUCCAGCACCAACGCCAGCGCCUACGUCGUCACCAUCGCCAGCGCUUACGCCAACGCUAACCCCGCACCAGCGCUGUCUCCAACAGCGCCGACGUCAGCACCGACGCCAGCACCAACGCUGGCGCCUACGCUGGCACCAACGCCAACACUUACACCAGCAUCAGAUGCCCCGUGUUACCUACCAGCCUCGGUGUGCCCGCCCAUCCGCUGUCACAUCUCCCACCCUACUUACCGAUUUCGGCGUGCCGGCCCGUCCGCUAUCCGAGGCCCACCCUGCCAUGUCACCCUAGGCGUGCCAGCUCAUCCGCAAUGCCAUGAGAGGCCCAAACAUACGUGUCAGAUUCGUGCGUGCCGGCCCAUCAGUUAUCAGAGGCCCCAGCUUACCCACGAACUUUGGCGUGGCGGCCCAUCCGCUCUCAGAUCUCUCACCUUACCUACCGAUUUCGGCGUGCCAGCCCAUCAGCUAUCCGAGGCCCAACCUUACUCGUCAGCUCGGGCGCGCGGGCUUGGAAACGCCUACACCAGCACCAGCGCCAGCACUGACGACAGCUCCAACACCAGCGCCGACGCCAGCUCCGACGCCAGCACAAAAGCCGGCGCCUACGACGGCACCAGCGCCAGCGCCUACACCGGCACCGACGCCUACGUCGCGAGCAGCAGUGUGGGCGCGGUCGGGUCGAGCAGCACCGCUUCCGGUAGCAUAGUUUCGAGAGCACCGUGUCGAGCAGCACUGCGCAGGCCAGCAGUAGCACGACGACGUCCAUGGCCAGUUUCACGAUGA